AAGACUUGGAUAAUGAGUGAAACUGAAGAUGUGAAUCUCAACCUGGAUCCGGAGAAACCCAAAGUUCGAUCAGUUGUGAGAUCAGACAGCGGAUUGGAAAAUGAGAUUCCUAAAAUUUCCGGAACCUCAUCAGCAUUAAUAGAAGAGGGGUUAUCUCUGCUCAACCUCAAAUCUUCUUUGAGCCCAAAUGUUGCUCCAGUUGCCGUAGAUUUGUUGGAUAGAACGUGCCCAAGUCCAGAUUACGGGCUGACGUCAGAGAGGCUCGCUAGUGUGAAAACUCCCAGGUUCAAAAGAAUCGACUUUGAUGACAGACUUGAGGAUCUAAAUCCAAACAAGCCGGCAUGGAAGUCGUGGCAGGAAAACAUUAAAGACUCUUAUCACAAGGUCAAAGUGAGCGCGGAGAAGAAGCGAGAAGAUAAUGAGUUCAUGGAUAAUAUGAUGCUAGGAAGAGCCCGUCCAAUUCGUGGAGAAAGUCCUUAUAGAAACCUCUCAUUGGACACUGGAUUUAUUCCGUCUGUCAGAUCAAGGAGCAGUAUAAUGGGGCCAUCGCUGUCUGAUCGUUCGCGGCUGGCUACAUCGUCUUCCACCACCAAUAUGUUUAAUGCUGGUUCUGGUCCAUAUGCAGCGCCUGCACUCACUAUUUCUCAAGGAAUCGAGUCAAGAUACGAGGAAAGAGCCAAUAAUGUGGAAUUGAUGCUUUUGAAAAACGCUCCCCUUCCUGAACGCUACAAGAGCAUUACGACACGAGAAUUCCGCCGAGCUCCAGAGCCAUCUGCAGGAAGCUUCUCUGAGCAGGACGACUAUGACUUUUCUCACUACACAACUGCCCGACCAUAUUACUCCCGUCCAAAUCGAGAUGAUCCAGACUAUUUUGACUUUGACUUGCAGCACUCCGUGGACAUGUUCAAGAGACCAGAAGGAAGAUAUAUUCCAAGAAAGCCACAAGAAUGGGAGAAUAAAUUGAUCAGUGAAUCAACUGGAAAAGGAACCGCACCACUAUCCGGACACAUGUUCACAAGGCCAGAUACCGAUUGGAGAAACAACAACACAUCGUACUUGAGCGCGGCACUCCGUACUCCGAAAUUCUGGGAGCAAAGAUUCGAAAACAUCGGGAAACAUGUGAGAGACAGCAACCCGAUUAGUUUGGAGAGCAUCAACAGAAGAAUACGCACACUGCAAGACAUCAGAGCAAAUCGUCCAGUAACAAGCCGAUUCACAGAGUACAGAGACCCGGACUACGAUGAUUAUGAAGACCCAUUAGAUGACUAAACUUUAGAUGAAAAAACCGUUGUCUAUCCAAGACAACAAACUCAAUUUUUUUUUCUUUGUUCCUCUUUUCGGAUGUUUUUCAAAGCUCACCUACCUGCCUAUUACAUCGUCGGAUGAUUAUUCUCCAAAUAUUUUUCAAUCCACCCGCCUCUUUCCUCCCAAAAAAAAACAAUUUCUUCUUUUUUCACUUCUAGUUUUUAGUAACACAAUAUUUUCAAAUCUUCAUUAAAACCUGUUCAAUUUCAAAAAAAAUCUUUUAGUUUUGUGCAUAGUCUCCACAAGUCUGGCCACUUAAAAAUGAAAAAAAAAAACUACACAAUUAUCUAUUUAAACCUUACUCCUUUUCCCAUGUCUUUUGACAUAUCAAUGGUUCGUGCAUAUUGUGUCCGCUGUAUUAUAAAUAAAUGUUUACUCGGC